AUGUCGGACGACGACCGCAUGUCGCUGACGACGGCGGUGAGCGACGAAGACGACGCGGAGAGCGUGCACAACUCGCCGUUCCUGUCGGUGAAGAAGUGGCUGCUGCGCAAGAAGCACCAGAUCGAGCUGGCGCGCAAGCGCGGCUGGAAGGGCUACUGGGUGUGCCUCAAGGGCACCACGCUGCUCUUCUACCCGUGCGACAGCCGCGAGGGCCGGUCGGUGGAGGCGGCGCCCAAACACCUCAUCAUCGUGGACGGCGCCAUCAUGCAGCCCAUCCCCGAGCACCCCAAGCGCGACUACAUCUUCUGCCUCAGCACGGCCUUCGGGGACGCAUACCUCUUCCAGGCGCCCUGCCAGGUGGAGCUGGAAAACUGGGUAAACAGCAUCCACUCGGCGUGCGCUGCAGCCUUCGCGCGCCACCGCGGGAAAACUGGCACACUACACCUGCUGCAGGAGGAGAUCUUCCGCCUGGAGAAGGCUAUCGAGUCGGACCACAAGCUGAAGCACAUGGCGGACCUGCAGCAGUCGGUGGUGUCGGACCCCGAGACGAAGGCGCAGAUCAACGGGCAGAUCGUGCAGUGGGAGGAGAACCUGGAGCGGCUGCACUGCGAGCAGUUCCGGCUGCGCUGCUACAUGGCCAGCCUGCAGAGCGGCGAGCUGCCUAACCCCAAGUCGCUGCUCACGCACGUGUCGCGCGCCACCAAGAACACGCUCAACAAGCUGGGCGUGUUCACCGUGUCGUCGUUCCACGCGUUCAUCUGCGCGCGCAGCCCGUCGCUGCUGAACAACCUGCUGGCCGGGCGCGGCGCCACCAAGCGCCGGCCGCCCGCGCUGUCGCGCUCCAACAGCGGCUCCUCGCGGCGCUCGCUGCAGCUGGGCGCGCGCGGCGACGGCGACGACAAGGCCGUCAAGGUGGCGCUCCCCGACGGCCAGAGUGCCCAUGUGUACUUGCGCGACGCGCUGUCUGUGGAGGAGUUCUUAGCCAGUGCCUGUGGCCGCAAGAGCCUCAACCCUAUGGAGCACUUUGUGCGUGUGAAGAAGCGCCGCGACAUGGAAGACCACAACUAUUUCGUGCCUCAUCGGACGGACCUCAUCGAGACAUACGUUUGCGCCAAAAUUCUCUACCAAGUGGAGCUUCAAAGGACUACGCUGGAGCAGAUGUGGGGAUUCUCCGUGGAGGCGGAGCUCAUCGAGAAUGCAGACCGCCAGGACGAGCUGUGCUGCUAUGUGAGCCGCGUCGAAGACAAGAGUGUUGCGAUGCAGAAUGGUAUCAUCAAGGGCGACGAGAUCAUGGUGAUCAACGGAGCCAUCGUGAGCGACCUGGACAUGAUGUACUUGGAGAGCGUGCUGCAGGAGGAGCUGGCGCUGUGCAUGAUGAUGCGUUCCUCGCGCACGGAGCCGCCCGACCUGGCUGGCAUCAUGCGCGCCACGGACGACAUCAUCGACAGCUUAGUCUGUCCCCCACCCCCGUCCGAGCCGCCCAUCAUCAGCGAGGAGAUGAUCUCGGGCCUCAUAGUGCCGGCUCCCGGAUGGAGCAAAGAGCUGUAUUCGCCCGAGGCGGAGACUUCUCCUGCUCCUUCUAGUGACACCCCCAAGGCCACCUCCCGCACCAACAGCUUCGAGAUCGAGAACCUGCUGAAGACGGCGGAGCAGGUGACGGGCUUCUGUCGCUCGCCCGGGGAGACGCCGCGCCGGGGCAGCCCCACGGGCAGCGUGGCCAGCGCCCACUCGGCGCACUCGGCGCAGUCGGCGCAGGCGCAGGCCGCGCUGCUCACGCCCUCGCGGCAGCUCUCCGACGCAGAGAAGCUGCGUAAGGUGGUUUUGGAGCUGGUGGACACGGAGCGCGCCUACGUGCGUCAUCUGAACAACCUGUUGGAGAACUACUUGGAGCCGCUAAAGCGGGAGACGUUCCUUUCCAACGCGGAGAUCAACGCGCUCUUCGGAAACAUCCAGGAGAUCAACGUGCUGUUCUCGGUGGGGAGCGCCUUCCUGUACUACGUGAACCACUUCAAGCUGUACAGCUCGUUCUGCGCCAGCCACUCCAAGGCGCAGAAGGUGCUGCACCCCAACGAGGGCAACCAGGCGCUGCAGGAGUUCCUGGCGGCGCGCAACCCGCGCCAGCAACACUCGUCCACGCUCGAGUCCUACCUCAUCAAGCCCAUCCAGCGCAUCCUUAAGUACCCGCUGCUGCUGCAGCAGCUGCGCAACCUGACGGAGCCGCAGGCGGACGAGCACCAGCACCUGGUGGAGGCGCUGCAGGGCAUGGAGAAGCCGAUCGACCUAAGCCCCGGCGACCUGCUGUACUAUGGCGGCGUGGAGUGGCUGAACAUCUCCGACUUCCUGGGCAAGAUCAAGAAGGGGCUGGAGCUGCACGCCAUGUGCUUCGUGUUCAAAUCGGCCGUGGUGUUCCUGUGCAAGGAGCGCCUGCGCCAGAAGAAGAAGCUGAUGGGCGUGGCCAGCAAGGGCAGCGCCAGCGAGGUGGAGAUCAUCCGCUACCAGGUGCUCAUCCCGGUGACGGAGGUGCAGGUGCGCGCGUCCUCGGCCAAGGACAUGGACUCGCACUUCCUCUGGGAGCUCAUCCACCUGCGCAGCCAGCUGCAGCGCCGCUCCGAGAAGGGCGAGGAGGAGGCGGCGGCGGCGGGGCCGGGCGGUGGCGGCGGCGCCAAGGGCAAGUCGGGCACGCUCGGCCGCACGCCCAACCACCUCACGCUCAGCACCACGUCCACGCUCUCCGCCGGCAGCACCGGCAGCCAGGCGCGCCUCAUCCAGUCGUCGCAGCAGCCGGAGCACUACCAGCCGCCGCCCGUCAAGGAUUUGGUGAAUGAUAAAAGCAAGGAAAUGAUAAAUCACAAAUUAUUUUUCAUGCAAUAUAUGAGUAUCCAAAUCGUAAACCAGAGGGCUCCACAAGUUCGUCUCAUGAACCCAGCUCGUCGUCAUCAACAGGCGCUCAGCUCCCAUGAAGAAUAUAAUAUGCUCACAUUGUUGGCUGUGAGGAUUUUAUUAUUAUUUGUCAGAUAUUAUUUAUAUUUGAUUUCUCAUGAAUUGUGUGAAAUGAGAGAGCCUGAAAAUGAUUAUGAGUUAGAGUAA